CCUGGGUCCCUCAAAGCCGGAAAGAAAGUCGGGCUUGUCUAGCCCCUGGAGGACUUGACUCACUGGUGCGUGAUUUCAGUUCGGAGGAGGUAUCUAGAGGCGAGGUUUUUCAGCCGGGCGAUCCCAGGACACGUCGGGAAGCUAGCAUCCCCAGAGCUGCAUGGAAAGAGGACCAAAGACCUCUAAAAAGCGAUUUGGAAAUAUCGCUAAAUAUUUGUUAUCAUAUAUAAGCUGCUAAAGAGAAGUUGGGCCCAACAAAACUAAUUGAAUAAUUGAGGCAGGUUUGUGUGUGUCAUCAACAUCAAAUUCUAUCCAGAAGUUGAAGAAUCUGAAUUUAAUGAUUGUGUGCAUUUAAUAAGAGGAUGACCUUUCAGUUUAAUUUCACAAUAGAAGACCAUCUGGAAAAUGAAUUAACACCCCUUGGAGAUGGAGCUUGGACCUUGGAUUCCUCAAAAGAGCUGUCAGUCUCAGAAAGUCAAAAAGGAGAAGAGAGGGACAGAAAGUGUUCUGCAGAACAGUUUGGUGUGUCUCAGGAUCAGUUGUGGGAACGUAAGUCUAUGGAAAAUGCAGCUCCCUCUCAAGACACAGACAGUCCACUCAGUGAAGCCAACAGUUCAAGUAACUUGGAGCCGCAUGAAAAACAGACCUGCUUCAGAGCUGCCAAAGAGCAUGCUAUGCCUAAAGAUUUAAAGAAGAUGUUAGAAAAUAAAGUCAUAGAAACAUUACCAGGUCUCCAGCAUGCUAACUUAGCAGUAGUGAAAACCAUCUUGUUGAAAGAGAACUUCCCUGGAGAAAACAUAGUUUCAAAAAGCUUUUCUUCUCACUCUGAUCUGAUUACAGGUGUUUAUGAAGGAGGCUUAAAAAUCUGGGAGUGUACCUUUGACCUCCUGGCUUAUUUCACAAAUGCCAAAGUGAAAUUUGCUGGGAAAAAAGUCUUGGAUCUUGGUUGUGGAUCAGGCUUACUGGGUAUGACUGCAUUCAAGAGAGGGGCCAAAGAAGUUCACUUUCAAGAUUAUAACAGUAUGGUGAUUGAUGAAGUAACCUUACCUAAUGUAGUAGCUAACUCCAUUUUGGAAGAUGAAGAAAAUGAUGUAAAUGAACCAGAUGUGAAAAGAUGCAGGACAUCAAAAGUAAUACAAGAACCAUAUCAAUGCCGGUUUUUUUCUGAUGGAGUUUCGCUCUUAUUACCCAGGCUGGAGUGCAAUGGCGCGAUCUCGGCUCACCGCAACCUCCGCCUCCUGGGUUCAAGCAAUUCUCCUACCUCAGCCUCCCGAGUAGCUGGGACUACAGGCUGCGCCACCAUGCCCAGCUAAGUUUUUGUAUUUUUAGUAGAGACGGGGUUUCAUCAUGUUGACCAGGAUGGUCUCGAUCUCUUGACCUCGUGAUCCACCCGCCUCGGCCUCCCAAAGUGCUGGGAUUACAGGCUUGAGCCACUGUGCCCGGCCAAUAAUCAGUUUUGAAUGAUUUUGAGACAAAUAGGUAUCUCUCAAUUCUCCGAGAUGAAUUAGACUUUUAAUGAGGUGUCAUGCAGUAGGCCCAUUAAGAAGCAGCACAGACACAGCCUCUGACCAGGGGCUCAGGACAUAAUUUCAGUUCCUAGGGAGAGGGUCCAACAAGUGCAGAAAGGGUCAAAACAGAAGCCCAGUCAUGGGAGUUAGACAAUUCGGGGCACUAAAGAUAAAUUUGGGGUUAUCAAACAGCCCAAAGGAAACACACCUAUCCAAGACAGCUGGCAGCAAAAGGGACUUGAGACACAAAUUAUGGCUAUAAAUCCAGAAAAGGAUACAUAGCUUUCUCAUGUAACAGUGUAAUUUAAUCACAUAAGGGGUAUGAUACCUUGGGUUAAAAUUCAGUUUCUCUCUCUGUGAAACAAAGUUUAUAAUACUAUGUCCCUACCAGAGUUCUUUGAAGCUGAAGAGUUAAGCAUUUAUCAUGAUUCCUAUCAUGGUUCCUAGGUAUAAGUGGAAAUUAUUAUUUUUAAUAGUUCUUACCAUGUAGUCACCCUGUUUUCUGAACCAGACAGGAAGUCCUCACUUUUGUUAAAAAUGGCGUUGGUGUUGUGCUCACUUCGGCAGCACAUACACUAAAAACGGCGUUUGUGCCUUUACAGUAUGCAAAUCUCAGUUCAGAACUUGAAGAAACCACUAAGUUCUAAACUUUGCUCUGCCCACCAUUAAUCUCCACUCCUUCCCAUUCCAUUCACUUCCCCACUGCCUACCUCCACAUUCCUAAAUUGUCUCUUUUGGAAAAAGACUUAUUAUCUUUGAGUAGACUGGGGAGGAGGAGGAAGAAUAGGGGUGAUCUUACUGUCUCAGAGGUGGCAGAAGUAGAAGAAAAUCCGCAUAUUGAGUAUAACUGACUAUGCGAUUCAAAUCCAUGUCGUUCAAGGGUCAGUUGUAUAUAUUUUAAGCCUUUACAAUGUACUCAGUCUCAUGAAACCCCAACAACCUUGGUUGUGCUGCUUCUGGACUGUGUGGUUCACAGUGCAAAGAGAAUUUAGCCUCAUGAUAUGGGGAAUGGUGGGGUAAGUCAAACAAAAUCUGUUUUUAGCCACACUUACGCUUUCAACUCUUCUUAGUCAUCCUGUGGCUUAGUACUACAAACAUCCACAGACUUACAACUGAUAAGAUAUAGGAAAAUGGGCAAAAAGAAAUCAACAUUUAAAAAGAAAACUAUGUAACAUACAUCACAUGUACAAAGGGGGCUAUAAGAUACGGGUUUUUCUUCUCACGAUAGAUUUCGUGCUCACAACAGCCGUUCCACUGAGAACAUCCAGCAUAGCAAAAUGGAAAAAGGUUUUAGUAAUUUCAUUGGGCAGUAGAUUGUUAAAGGAAAAAUGGUUCAAUAUUACUUGUUAAAGCAUGGUAAGGCAGGCUUUAUCCAGUACCAUUGAGAGGUAAGGGACCAUGGCAAUGGGAUUUUGCAGUAGGGGAGAGAAAUUGGGCUUAACUACAGAGUAUGGACAAGUGGGAAUUUAUAGCCAAGGAGCAAGGUCAGGGUCAGGGGAUAAAAAAAUAGUAACAGGAAACAUCAGGGGUAAGGAGGAUUCUAACGUAACAGAACCUAACAGAAUUCUUGCUGAAGACAAGCCAGACAUUCCCAGAGAGGGAGAUAACGACCUUUGAGGUAGGGAUUCUUGCCAAAUGGACUUAGCAGAGUUCUUUACUAAAACUGGAUUUUAUGAGAAAGUCCACAGAUGGGCAUAAGAGAAAGUCCAGAGCCUAACUAAAUUUGGCCAAGGAAAGAAUCCGUCAAGGUGAAUGCAGAGUUUGAACUGGAGAUUAGGGCUAAAGAAGCAAGGACUCCUGUGUGAGCCUCCCACCACUGCACACUGCACCCUGCAGUGCAAGCACCCAAAUGAGCACUGAAGUCAGAUGGCUGCUGAAAUCUGUCCCUAUCGCCUCAUUCAAGAGUCUUAGAGGUUCUCUGCCCAUCUUGGUUACAUUGCAGCAGUGACAGCAUAAUUCUGAAAGCCUCCAAACAGAAUCCAGUUAGCCACACAGUAUCCGUGUAGCUCUAGCAAUUUUCAAAGCCUCCUCUCAAACCUCCAGCAGGUCCCCACCAGUAAAGUUCUACUCCUGGUCUCACUCAGUAGAGUGGUCAUGGAUCAUUCAACCUGCUUAGUCACCUCUCAGAUUUUUGUAAGGCUACAGAGGAGAAAUCAAUAUACUUUACAGUGUGUAGACAAUGAAUUUGUCCACUGAGAGAUCCUGAAAAUUUUGUUCAGAGAUAAAUAGGAAAAAAAUUAUUUCUAUCCUGUCAUGUCUGGUCAAGACUUGUCCAGAUUCUUUCUGUGUGUCUAAAAUGUUCUAGAGCUCAAAAUUCUUCUUCUUUUUUUUUUUUUUUUUUUUUGAGAUGGAGUUUUGCUCUUGUUACCCAGGCUGGAGUGCAAUGGCGCAAUCUCGGCUCAAUGCAACCUUCGCCUCCUGGGUUCAAGCAAUUCUCCUGCCUCAGCCUCCUGAGUAGCUGGGACUACAGGCGCACACCACCAUGCCCAGCUAAUUUUUGUAUUUUUAGUAGAGACGGGGUUUCACCUUGUUGACCAGGAUGGUCUCGAUCUCUUGACAAAAUUCUUCUAAAUCUCUGCUAUUUUAGGAUAAGUAACUUUUAAGUAAAUUUCUUUAAAUUAGAUGCUGCACUUAUUUUAAAUUGCAAGAAAAAAGUAUUCAAGAUCAACCAGACAGAAUAUUAACAAGGAUAUCCAGGACUUGAAAAAAAAAAAAAGUAUUCAGAGUGUGGGCAUUUGUUUUUUAAAAGAGAAUUUGUGCGGAAAGGUAGACUAUUACCUAGAAAUUCAGAACACAUCCAGUCAGCUCAGUGGCACAGCAUAUUCUCAUUAACCAAACUCUGCCAGCUUUUUUUUAAAUUAUCAUUGCUAUUCUACCCUCCUUGUGUUUUAAAAGUCUUCAGAGGGAGACAUAUUUUUAAUGAUUUGCUUUUCUUUCCUAAGCUUUCCACAGAUUAAACUCUGUAUCCUGUUUGCUUUGCUAUGUUCAAACUUUUCAAGGAUUUUUACAAUGAGAAUCAAAAAGAUUCUUACUUCAUGGAAAAUACCUGAGAGAUGCAUUUUCUAGGAAGGGUGGUGCAGACGUUUUUAAUAUUCUGUAUUUUAGUUCCUUUAACAGGAAAUGCGUUCAAGCCUGUAUUUUAAAUAUUAAAAUAACCACUCAUUUAACUUUGUGACUAGCUUUCAUUUUCCCAAAGUGGGAAAAAAUAUUAUUUAUAUAACCUCCCUCAAAAUACUUCAGAACCUCUUGUAUCUUAUCUCCUAACAUAGUUUAACAUAAACAGAAAUAGCCUUAGAGUUGAAAUCGUUAGAGAUUCUUAAGCUUCUGGUAAUUUUAAUUAGUUUGCUAUCAUAUAUUACUAUCAUAUAGAUAUUUUACUCAAUUGCUUAAAAAGGAAUGGCAAACGAAAUAUAAAAACCUGAAUGUAAAUUAUUUUGCCCAUAAUUCAUCUAAAGAAACAUGAUGGAUCAGCCCAGUAUUUGAUUACAUUGAUAUGGACAGGAGACAGGGAAAUACGGGUUCCCUGGCAAAGGCCCCACCCCGAAGCCUAGAAACCCAGGGCCCUAAGUGAGAAGAGGCAUUCCUGUUUUUUGCACCCAAAAAGUUCCCUUCUGGCCUGCCAUGCCCCUUAUAUACCAUAUAAAUCCCAAACCCCAGGCUCCGAGGGAGACAGGCAGACAAACAGCAGAAUGGCAUGGCAGAGAAGGAGAGAAGAGGAGCAUCUGAAUGUUGAGAGUUCAGCUGGGGAUAAUUGGAGAGGAGAUUGGCUACUGGACAGCCAAACUCAGGGGAAUAUCAUCUUCCCACGCCAUUCCCCUUUCAGCUCCCCAUCCAUCCCACUGAGACCCACCUCCACCACUCAAUAAACUCCCACACUGAUCCUUCAAGUCCAUGUGUGACCUGAUUCUUCCUGGAUGCCAGACAAGGACCUGGGUACCGAGAGGAAACUGAACUAGUUAACACUUAAGCUGCCUGCAGACAGCAAAGCUGAAAGAGGAGCACAUUGUAACACAUGCCUACUUGGUUUCAGGGGUUGCAGACACCCACCCCUAGCGAGUACCAUGGGGUCAGAGCCCAAAGCACUCGGCCAGCUCCUGCACCUUCCCACCUGGGUGCUCCCCCUCCUUUAAGGGGUUUGAGCUCCUGGUGGCCCAGCAGAGAGCCACACCCUUGUUGCACAUCCUGCAAGGCGAACCAGGGAACUCUCCCAUCUCAAUAUGUACACAAAGUUUUUAUUUCUCUGGGGCAUUUCAGUAAGAGGAAGAAUUGAGGCCCUCCCAGGUGCCACUUUCUACAAGUCAGUCCCUUUGUGUUUAUUUUUCUCCAAUACUGACAGAUUAAACAGAAUUAUGCCUUACACUGAAACUCAAACACAUUCUCAUCCCAUCAAAAAUGCACUGAGGACUUACUAUAAGUAGUCAAGGUAAUUUCCAUUUUCAAUUAUUCCUGUAGAAAAAAUUACCACUUAUAAGAAAGUUUACUCCUGUUUUGUAUAGUAACUCAACGCACUUCCAUUUCCACUUCAUUUCUCCUGGAUCUCCUAUAAAAAGCUGUGUGACGAACAGAAGAGCCCCUGGGUAUAUUUGUGUUCUGUGUGCCCCUUUUACUGUGACUUGUGUGUUUUCUUUCUUAACCAAGGGACUUUGUCAAAUUUAAUUUAUGAAGGGUUGGAGAUUAACUAACAGGAAACAGAACAAUAGAUAACCAACAGCUUUGGACUCAAGCCUCCCCAGAAAAAGAGAAAUAUAUUCAAGCAAGCAAGAAAACAGACAAACAAAAUGGGAUGGAAGGGAGAGGAAAGAGAUGAAGAACAAUAGAGAAACACAUAUGGCAUUGCAUUAAUUAAAAUUUAGAGCAGUAGAAAGAGUGCUGGGGAAAAGAAACAUGGUAGAGCCCAAGGAAGAAGACCAGGCAAUCAAGGAGUCAAGAGGUUGCCUUCAAUUCACACAAUACUUGUGAACUUUUAAACAAGUGACUGUGGGAGAUUGCUGGUGACUCAUGGUGGUGGAGACAAUUGAGAAACAGGGUUGGCAAGAGUGCAAGGAGAGGCCCUUAAUGGCAGCCCCAGUGACCUUGCUGCACCCUACAUUUGACCUCAGUUGGAGUUUGGGAUUGUGGAACAACACUGCUGAACUUUAUACGUAGAGUAAUCCACACCCCUGUUUGCUUGAGACAGUGUUGAAGUAUGCAUCUGAUUUAACAUUCUAACACUCUUAAAAAGUGUAUUGAUUAUGGCCAGGCAUGAUGGCUCAUGGCUGAGAUCCCAGCAUUUUGGACGACCUUGGUGGGAGGAUCUCUCAAGCCUAGGAGUUCAAGACCAGCCUGGGCAACAUAGGGCGACCUGUCUCUACAAAAAUUAAAAAGUUAUCUGGGCAUGGUGGCACACACCUGUGGUCUCAGAUAUGCGGGAGCUGAGGUGGGAGGAUCGCUUGCCCCUGUAGUUCAAACCUGCAGUGUACUGUGGUCAUGCCACUCCAUUCCAGCAAGUGAGAACCUGUCUCAAAAAAUGAUAAGUGUACUGAUUAUGGUCACCUUGUAUCACCAAUUCUGUAACACUUUUUUUUUCUUUUUUGAGAUGGAGUCUCGCUCUGUUGCCAGGCUGGAGUGCAGUGGCAUCACCUUGGCUCACUUCAACCUCCACCUCCUGGAAUCAAGUGAUUCUCCUGCCUCAGCCUCCCAAGUGGCUGGGACUAUAGGUGCGUGCCACCAAGCCCAGCUAAUUUUUGAAUUUUAGUAGACACAAGCUUUCACCAUGUAGGCCAGGAUGGAACACUAUUGUUAAUCUUACUAUUUUAUGGAUUGUGUCAUGAUUUUAAAACAAUCACUCAAUCAAUAAAUGUUAACUUCAAAUCUGGUGUCAAGCACUGGGUUUGAAAAUGGAAUCUAAAGUUAAAAUGAUACAUUCUGUGCUUUGGGGGAACUUUCAGUCUAGGGUGGAAAUACACAAAUGAACCUCUUGUGAGAAUGUUUUACAUACUGUUCAGGUUUCUGGGGUCAUCUUUAUUAUUUAUACAGUUAGAUAUAUCCCCGUAAUAGGAUGUAUAUGGAAGAAAAUUGAAGAGCAAGAGGAUGGGUGGAUAUUUCUAAGUAUAAAGCAUCUCCUGGUGACUUAGUAGAUUCUCAAGUGGAAGUAAAACUUAGAAAGUUAAUCAAAGAGCUAGGAAAUCUUGCUUCUUUUUUGACUCUAAACUUCAAGAAUUAAGACAGUUCCUGACAGUGAGAACAGAUGGUCUCUGCCAACUGUAGGCAGGCAAUGGGGGACCAAAGGCUAAAGAUGAGCAACAUAAAUCUCAUAAGAAGAAUGUUAGGAGAACACUCUUUUCAGUAAGAGCCUCCCUUCCAUUGCCAACCCCAAAUCCCAGCGAUUUUGUUUUAUUAGGGGAAAUGACUAGUUUCCUUAAUAACAUAUAUAUGAAAAACAACUAAUAUGAAAAAGACUAAAAUAAUGACAAGUCAACAGGGACAAGUGCCAAGAUGGAGGAGAAAUUCCUUUGGCCAGUGAGAAACAACUUCUCAGAAGAGGUAACACUUGAUCUUAGACUUACAUGUAAGCAGAUUUAAUCAGACUAAUAGGGGAGUGGGAUUGGAAGGGUGGCCAGCUGAGUGCUUAAUAGGCAGAAGGACUAGUCUGUGAAAAAGCACUGAAUUUUGAGACCACAUUAAUUAAUUCAUUCAUAAAUUAAUGAAUUGCGCCCAGGAGUUCAACAUGUAUUGAGCACCUGCUAUGUGCCAAGCAUAUUCCAAGGUGCUGGGUUCUAGGAGGAAAGUCUGCCUUUCCAGUUGGACUGGAACAUGAUCCUGAUGCUUCUAGAUAAUGAAUAAGUAGCAAAGCUACAAAUCACUGAACUGUAUUACCUCAGUCAGAUAUGAAGCUGGCUCAGUGGCUAAUGAAAGACCUUCCAAUUCUUUAUUUUUCCUGUGUCAAUGAAAAAAGCCAAACUCUAUAAAAUAUUUAAAGAGGUUUACUAUGAGCCAAAUAUGGGUGAUCAAGGUCUAACGUACAGUCUCACGAGCUCCUGAAAACAUGUGCCCAAGGUGGUUGGGUUAUAGCUUGAUCUUAUACAUUUUAGGGGAACAGAAGUUACAGGCGGAUAUCAAUCAACACAUAUAAGAUAUACAUUGGUUCAGUCCAGAAAGGUGGGAUAACUUGAAGGAGUGGGGCUUUUAAGUCAUAGGUGGACUCAAAGACUUUCUGACUGGCAAUUGGUUGAAAGAGUUGAGUUAUUAUCUAAAGACCUGGAAUCAGUAGAAACUAAUGUCUGGGUUAAGAUAAGGGUUGUAGAGACCAAGGGUCUUAUUACAUUGAUGAAGACUCUAGAUAGCAGCUUCAGAGACAAUAAAUGGGAAAUGUCUCCUAUUAGACCUUAAAAGAUGCUAGCCUCUUAGUUAAAUCUCUCCUGGAUCAGUAAGUCUUGGAAAGGGGAGGAGAUUCUCUACAGAAUGUCAGUUUUCCCAAGAGACAGCUUUGCAGGGCCAUUUCAAAAUAUAUCAAAGAAAUUUAUUUUGGGAUAAAAUACUUUGCUUUCUUCCAGGGCCCUGCUAUCUGUGCAUUCGUAUCUUAUUGCCAUAGAGUCUGGCUUGUCAGUCUUAAGAUCUGUGUCUUAAUGUCAAUGCUGACAUUCAGUUGUGCCUGAAUUCCAAAGGGACAAGAGUAUAAUGAGGCAUGUCUGGAUUCCCCCACCCAUCCCCCAUCCUGACCUAAACUAGUUUUUCAGGUUUAUUUUGGUAUUACUUUGGCUGAGAGAAGGGGUCCAUUCAGUUGGUUAAGGAGCUUAUAAUUUUAUUUUUGAUUUAUACCUGUUAAAAUUUGCCAUCAAAAAUUUCACCUUACCAAUCUAAAUUACAUGUUCUAUAGACACUUGUAAAAACUGGCAUUCUUUUAAAACAGUCUGUCACAGUUUAGUACUUUACUUUAUAUGUUAUUGAGAAAUAAUUUUAUUUUAGGUUUAGUCUUUGAAAAUGUGCAUACAUCCUUGGUUGAAGGAAAAUUCUGCUCUUCCUGCCAGUUAAGCCCACCUCUGAGCAUAAAGCCUUAGAUUUCACUUAUCACACAUAAUGAUCAAUCUAUGAAGUGUUCGUUUCUUGUAAGCAAGUGACUGUGAUGUAUUUGAGGUGGAAUUUAGGCUCAUAUUAGUCUAUCAGAUUAAGGGGCUGGUAAAUUUACAAAACUCUCAGAGAAACUAAUGGGAACCUUACAGGCCUGAAUAUUCUCGUGGUCUUCUUCACUCUAGAAUGUUGUGACUUUCUGUUGUUUCUUAAUCACUAAGCACAUCUCAGAAAAAGCAACACAAAGCAAAGAUGGGUAUCCAAGAAAAGGAGAGGGGUACUGUCAGGCUGUGAAAGGCCAUUAGAACAGAAGUCAAAUGGACCCAAGUUCUAGACCUGACUCUUGCCCUUCAGAACUGUGCACAUGCCUUCAUCAAGUUGACAGAGGCAUAAGAACAAGAACAACUCCAUCUUGAAUAGGAGCCAGGCAAAAUGAGGCUGAAAUCUACUAGGCUGUGUUAUAAGUAAAAUUUCGAUGCCACAAAAGAAAUAGCACUCCAGGAUAAGUCCUCUUAGCAAGGCAGUUUACUUCUACAGAAGGGUGCAGUGUAUGGAUGGAGCAAUGGUGGCCGCAUGCUUGGACAAGCGGGGAAUGGGUACUUAUGACUGAUGGCAGCCAUCCCUACUGCUGUGUCACUUCCCUAUUGGCUAGGGUUAGACCACACAAGCUAGACUAACCCUGACUGGCUAUUUUAAAGAGAGCAGGGGUCUGAGCUGGAGUGGCAGGAUGGGUGUUUUGGGGGAAAGGACGGAGUUACGGGUGGGUUAGAGCAGGCAGCCAGGGGUGACCUAGGUCAAAGAAAGUGACCAGAGCAGGUGACUGGAGCAGGUGACUGGGAUGAGUUAGGAUGGAGCCGGGGUUGGAUGAACAGAUGUGAACUACUGAUUAAAACCGGUGGAGAAGGUUGUUUGCGGUAAUUACAAGGAAGUUAAACUUUAAAAUAGAGAAUUAAAGAAUAAGAGAACUGAAUAUACUGACAUACUGAUUCUUUGAAGUGAAACUUGGGGUUCACUAUAAUGGAUGCAUUCCCAGACAGGUAAGGCAUUCUAAGACACAGGAUGAGAUAGGAGGUUGGCACAAGAUACAGGUCAUAAAGACCUUGCUGAUACAAGUUGCAGUAAAGAAGCUGGCUAACUCCUACCCAAACCAAGAUGGCCACAAGAGUGAUCUCUGAUCGUCCUUACUGCUACACUCCCACCAGAGCCAUGACAGUUUAUAAAUGCCAUGGCAACAUCAGGAAGUUACCCUAUGUGGUCUAAAAAGAGGAGGCAUGAAUAAUCCACCCGUUGUUUAGCAUAUCAUCAAGAAAUAACCACAAAAAUGGGCAAUCAGCGUCCCUCAGGGCUGCUCUCUCUUUGCAGUAGCCAUUCUUUUAUUCCUUUACUUUCUUAAUAAACUUGCUUUCACUUUGCACUGCGGACUCAAUUCUUUCUUGUGCGAGAUCCAAAAACUUUCUCUUGGGCUCUGGAUUGGGACUCUUUCCCGUAACAUUUUUCUCUGUUCUCUGUCCUAUAACAAAGAUCUCUUCAAUAAAAUGGUGGAUAAUACUUAUUCUGU